CAUGACAGUUCGUAUUAUUGAACCAGCAAGAAAACAAAGCAACUCAAUUUAAUAGCUUUCAGCGCGCUUUCAGUUUUAUUAAAUAUUUUUACUAAAUAAUUGUCAUAUACAUAAAUAGUUAAUAGCAAAUAAAAUGGAUGCUUUGAAAAAAUCGCAUGAAAUUCAGUUGCAAGUGCGCAAUAAUGCGGAGGAGGUGCGAAACACACUAAAUGAUCUCUAUAGCUGGGAACAGGAAAUGAAGGCCAAAGAAAAGGAGUUACAUCGACGUCCAGCUAACGUAGAUAAAGAAGAGCAAGUAAAUGUGCCAAUACGAAGUCAUGUUCUUGCAGACAAACAACCUGCGCAAAAUAACAAACAGCAAAAACAACAACAGCAAAGUUCUAGAACAAACUCCGUUGCCAAGGAUAAUGAUAAUUCACCCUCGAGUUCCAGCGGUACCACAACACCUACGGAAAAAUUAGAAAAACCGCUUGAUGUCAACGAGGAAAAACGUAAACAAGCUAAUGAAAUAAAGGAUAAGGGCAACAAGCAUGUUAAGCUGGGCGAAUAUGAAAAGGCAAUUAAUGAAUACACCAACGCAAUUGAUAUAUUCCCAGAGGAUCCCAUAUACUUUUGCAAUCGCGCGUUGUGCUACCUGAAGUUGGAAAGAUAUAAUGAAUGUAUUGAAGAUUGUGAACAAGCCAUAGAAAUCGACAGUUUAUCCGUUAAGGCUUACUAUCGGCGCAUGCAGGCGAAUGAGUGUCUCGGCAAUGAUAUGGAUGCGCUUAAAGAUUGUACGACUGUGCUUAUGAUCGAACCCAAAAAUGGUGAAGCGAAUAAAAGUUUGGAACGCAUCAACGAGAGAUUACGAAAAAACGUAAAAAGCGCCAAGGGUCCGAACUUUAGUGCGCCGCGUGCUGACAUGAUUGACAUACUGCCAAUUGAUAAGCCGCCAUACAAACGUUCAAAUAAACCGCUUCGACGUGUACCCAUCGCGGAUGUGAUUGGCCCAAAAGAUACAAAAAAUUGUGAAAAUACUAAUUUGAAAAUCUCCGAUGAAGAUAUCGAUAAAUUAUUUAAUAGUAAUUGUGGGCCAUUCAUCGAAGUUAAGAAAUCGAAUAGUUCUGCCUUUGACAAAAUGCUCGGCAAACCUGCUACAACUUCAAGUAAAGUUACGAAUAAAUUGAAUGAAAAUCAAAAUACCAAAGAUGACCAAAAAACCUCAGUGAUCGAAGUGAAUCGAUCUACCGCGACGGUCGGCCGGGAUGUGCAAUUACUGAGUGGAAACCGCCCCCUACCACCGCCACCCACAUCUACAGCGCAAUUUUACUCGAAUUGGAAAGAAUUAACGCCUGCGCUGAAGUACAAAUACUUAAAGAGCAUUAAUGUGACACAAUUGCGUAAAAUACUCGGCGCUGGUUUCGAUUCGGACACGCUAACGGACUUGUUACACACAAUGCGGGACUUCUACUUAGUGCAGCAGGAUGCAGCCAUCGCUAGCACACUCUUGGAAAUAAGUAAAAAUAAUCAAGUUGGCAUAUUAUCACUGCUUAUGUCGGCUGAUGAACGAAAAAUCAUCACCGAUAUUGUCAGCACUAUUAAAGAGAGCAAAGAAGCGAUACAAAUUCUUAAAAAUUUUAAUUUACUUUAAAUUUAAUUUCGAACAAUUUAUUGUGCGCGAGUAUUCAUAAUUUAAUUAGCACACAUAUUGAUUAAGAAAAUGUUUAUGUUUGCAGUGCAAACGUAAACAUUACUACAACGUUUAUCCUUAAAAUAAAACAAUUGUGGAAAUUCACUCUAAAAAUUUA